AUGUGUGCACAGAGGUGUCUCUUAAUUAAGAGAGCCAAGAGACGGCUCUUACGAUGCACGUGUCACCGCAAGAAAAAGAAGAAAGUCGUCCUCGGUGAGCUUCCCAACUUGUGCAAGAAGAAAUCAAAUGUCCCAAAAGAAUCAAAGUCCGACAUCGACACUAGAUCUGACGAUCCCCAGAUGUGUGCUCCCUACGUCACCGGAAUCUUCGUGUAUCUCCGUCAAUUAGAGGUUAGCUUCCUCAAUUCACAAUCUCGAUUUCGAAUUUCGAUCUGGGUCUUAUGUAAAAAAAUUGAUUUUGGUUUGAAAAUUCUGAAUCAGGUGAAGGAAAAGUCAAGGCCUUUGAUUGAUUAUAUAGACAAGGUGCAAAAAGAUGUAACGCCUGAUAUGAAAGGAGUUUUGGUUGAUUGGUUAGUUGAAGUUGCUGAAGAGUACAAACUUCUCUCCGACACUCUUUACCUAGAUGUCUCCAACAUCGACAGAUUUUUGUCUCUUCAGACUGUUAAUAGGCAAAAGCUUCAGCUUUUGGGAGUUUCUUCUAUGAUUUUUGCCUCGUAA